GCUCACUGACAAACGGCACCAGCGCUGUGCUCGACCAAACCCGGAUCAAUACCCAGAUUCAUAGUUGAGUUACCGUCCGGCAAAAAAACGGAGGUCGUGGGGCUGGAGUGUGUGCUCAUGGCGGAGUCAGAGACUGAAUGUGACACACCCGGCCUUGACACGCUUGGGUCGGAGUGUGUCAUAGCCCACAGCCAUGUCGACCUGCACUACGGCGCCGAGACGGAAAUCAUGACUGAGGAAAAGCGUGGUCUCGAGUUGGAGAUCCACGGCACCGAACUAAAGAUCCAAGGGCUGGGGACGGACCUAGGUGCCGUGGCGUGCGUGGAAGCCAUCGUGGAGACGGACCACGAUUACAUCAAGGUGGAACACGACGAUAUGCACUGCUUUGCCGGCGCCGAGAUCAAGACGUCAUCGGGCGAGACGCUUCUCGGGGAAGUGCUGCUCAAGGCCAACGAGCACGAGGUAAAAGUGGAGUCGGAUCACGGCGGCGAGCUGACGGUGGAGUCCGAGAACGGCGUCAUCAUCCACGAGGCGCACGGCCUGCAGUGCAACGAGUGCGGCGAGAUCUUUGGCAGCAUCUCUGACCUCCACCAACACUUUGAGAUCCACAAGGACCUCAACCCGUACAUCUGCGUCCACUGCGGAGAGAGCUUUGCAGUGGAGGCCAGUCUCAAGCAGCACAUGAAGAUCCACAUGAAAGAGAAGCCCUACGUGCCCCCGGGCGUGGAGAUCAUGGGCAAGGACGUCAUCGACGCCUUUAGCCUCAAGUCCCACCAGAUGAUCCACCUGCCCGACAAGCCCCACCGCUGCACCGAGUGCGGCAAGAGCUUCGCUGCCGCCAUCACCCUGCGAGAACACAUGAAGAUGCAUUCGGAGGACAAGCCCUACAAGUGUACCCAGUGCAGGAAGAGCUUUGUCCGCAGAAGGCAUCUGAAGAAGCACCAGGAGGUCCACGCCCGCGAGAAGCCGUACACGUGCGGCCAGUGUGGCAAAGGCUUCGCGACCACCUCCAACCUGAAGCAGCACCAGAAGACUCACGCGGCCCAUGCCGGCGUGGUGCUCAGUGAAAAGCCCCACCGCUGCGCGCAGUGUGGCAAGUGUUUCGCCGCCGCCGCCACUCUGCGGGAACACCAGAGGAUCCACUCGGGCGAGAAGCCGUACAAAUGCAACAUGUGCCGGAAGAGCUUCGUCCGCAAGCGCCACCUGAAGAAGCAUCAGCAGGUCCACGCCGGCGGCAAGCCCUACACUUGCAGGCACUGCAACAAGGGCUUCAACCACUCCUCGUCCCUCUCGCGCCACCACAAGACCCACUUGCAGGGGCCCGUGUUCUCGCCGCCACAGCCCGGGAAGCCCAUGACCUUCGGCACCCCUCCCAAACAAAGGGUGCACCUGCAAGGGGAGAAGCCCUACAUGUGCCACCACUGCGACAAGGGCUUCAACCAUUCCUCCUCCCUGUCACGGCACCAGAGAGUCCACUCUGAGGGCAAGGGCUACACCUGCGGCCACUGCGGCAAGAUCUUCAACCACUCGUCGUCGCUGGCGCGGCACCAAAGGGUCCACUUGGAGAUCAAGCAAGAGCCGGCGCCGCAGUCGCCGCCGCUGCCCCUGCCCCCGCCCGAGCAGUACAGCGCCAUCGCCUCGCCUAAGGUCUUCCCCAACAAUGCCUUCCCCAAGCAACACCACCUCUCUGUGGAGAAGCCCUACCGCUGCACCCAGUGCGGGAAAGGUUUCAACCAUUCGUCCUCCCUCUCAAGACACCACCGGAUCCAUUUGGAGUAAUGAGGGGGGUCCGCUCCCACGCAAGUGCUCAACCAAUCUCUCGCUUCUUGUGUAACUAUUUACCGCCCCCGCCACAAGACCAGUCAGGCUGACUCCUAUGGAUGUAUACGCGGUCAGGUCAGCAGCAUUGAAGAGGGCCAGUUGAGGGAAACGGACAAAAGACGACAUGACUGGAAGGACUGAUUGGCCGUUGGCUAGUCAGAGCAGAAGCUACUGGGAAGCCUCACUUAGAUUAUUUUGUCUCGCUUGCGCAGGAACUCCAUUUUGAACACUUUUAAGAGAAAAAAAUGUUACCCAAUCUUUUGGAUAAAGCUCCACUCAGAACACAGGAGCGUGUUCGACUUGGUUCAAGGCUGUCAACACCGGAACUCCAAUUCGUCAUUUUUCACCCUCGUAACCUGUGUGAAGCAAAUCUUCUGUAAAUACUUCUUGAUUUCUUUUAUAUAUGUAUAGGUGACUAGUGUGCUGUUCCAAAAUGAUGACAUUUUUUGAUAGUAAGACCCCAUGAGGUGGUUUUUCUCCCCCUUUCAGAAUGAGUUUCGGAGAAGAGCGUUGCGGGUGUUCAAGCAGCAGCAGUUGAAUUUGCCAUAGUGUAUAUUUAUGAGGUUAUUUUCUUGUAUGUCUACCAUGACAUGGUCUGUACAGAGAGCAAUAUUGGCUUGACGCCCUGAAGUGAUGAUAACGCUCAGCCACAAGACACAAUUCCUGACAGAAUAAACACCUUCUGGUUAGCAUAUUACACCAGUCUCCUUUUCUUGGCUUAUUUUCCUUCCCCUUCUGAGACUAACUUAAUAACCUGUUCAUAGACUAGGUAGCAUUUACUCAUGUCGACUGUCACAAGCCGAUCUAAAGACUUGUGCAUACUAAAAACUAUAAGAGGAAAGCUGACUUUUUAAAGACUGCAUUGCGCUUGACUCGUAUGUUUAAAAAAAAAAAAAAAACUUUUACAAACAUAUUUUUUUAGAUAUGGCUCGGGUUAUAUGAAAGGGAGCAGAGAUUUUAUGGGAGAGGGCAUGACAAGCAAUAUUUGUUUUUCCCCCUUUUUUUGCUUCAAUGUGUAGCAUAGUGUUUUCUUGUUAGCUAGGUGCCUUAUUGCAUGCUGUGUAGAAAUGGAUGCUGAGCUGUUAAUUGACGAAAAAAAAGGUUCUGAAUUAUUAUUUUUUAUGAUUAUUCAUACCUUUAAGUUUAAUUUGUCUGAUUUUUUUUUUUUUUUGCUUUCAUGUAUACGAUUGUGUUUACACUGUAUAUUUUUAUUUUCUUCCUGCUUCUGUUAUUGUGAAUGUCCCAAUUCUUGAGAGGAAAAAAUGUAAAGGAAUCCAUACGGGCUUCUCUUUUAAGGGCAAACCUUGUAACAUCUUUCCCCUUUUUUUCUGAGUGGCACAUAUAUGGAUAAAUAAAGGUUGUUG